AUGGUGGUUGUGGCCAAAGAAAGGGAAAUGCCACACAAGUGGCCGCCAUUAAUUGGCACCCUUCGUGAUGCCAUGGACAUCCGGUCGUCUACACCAUUGACAAGCCACGUCGUCCCGAUCUCGCGGCUGGCUGGAACCGAACGGAGCCUCGCCACGAAGACGAACGGCUUCGUCGGUAAUCCGGCGGAGAUCCGUCAUCUCCUCACCGGUCCCUCCACGCGCCGCCGGGCGGCGGAUCCGAUCGGGCCGUUGGAUCCGCAGUCGCCGCCGUCACCAUCUCCGCACAGAUCAGCCACCUCGCCAGAUGGGGCGCUGCCACCGCCGCCGUCCACAGGGCCGCCACUCCGGCCACCGCCGCACGGCAUGGGAUCACCGCCCCAGCCGCCGCCUUCGGAUCUCACAAGAGGGGCCGCCCCUGCCGCCUCAGAUGAGAUCGCGCCACAUCCACCCGCCCAGAAGACUGAACUAAACUUUUCUGUUGGCAAUGACACUUUUAAACUAGUUGACUUUACAUUGCUGGACAGAAAUGCAGUCACACCUCCACGGCCUGUCACCACCGCCGCCGCCCUCCUACUGCCGCCGCCCCUACCACACCUGCAGCGCCGCCCCAACCCACCUCCAUCGCCGCCCUCUCUCACCACCACCGCUGGUCUCCACCGCGGCCCUCCCCGCCACCACCGCCGGUCUCCGGUCUCCUCUCUCCCGCCCCAUCACCGAAUACACCCCACCACCACCGGUCUCCCUUCUCCCGUCCCCAUCGCCUCCCAUCUUCUCCCACCUCGUCAAGGAUCCAUUUCAUCCGGGAACUGCGUCAUCUCUCCUUUUGUCCAGAACAACUACUCCAUUUGUUGUGAUUUCAAGGAAGCAAGGUGUAGAGGCCAAAAAUCCCGCUUGCAAUCUGAAGAUGUUGCUCAAAGUCACGGAGGUUCACGACCAUUCACGGAGUAUAGGCAAUUUUUGGAACAUAAGUUUGGACCUGAGAAGGCCACCAUAAUGAACACAUAUGCUGUGAUGAAAUCUGGUAUGAAAAACCAUGAUGAAAAUGGCAAUAGUGGUGCAAUCAGCAGCCAGAAAGCACAAAAACGCCUUGAUGAUUAUUCUACUGGUAUGAAGGUAGCAUAUCCAGAGAAUUGGCAGGACAUAGAUUUGGAUGAAAGGGUCUUGUACAACACAUCGGGUGGCAUGCCUCAUGGCCGUGUAGCGAUUGCAUCUGGUGCUGUGAAGAAAGCUGUUGUUCUUUCUGCUGCCAGGGCAACAAAUCUGAAGCCAUCUAUUUCCACUGCUUACCGGAAUGCUAUCCAAGAGAAUGAACAAUUGCGUAGUACAGAUGAGAGUCUAAAAAGGAAAACAGAAAUGCAUGACCAAAUGUUCAAGAUGCUUUUUGCAAAGAUGGGAGAAGAGCUACCGGAGUGGUUCCUUCAGGGUCAAUCUAAUGCUCAUACACAGGGAAACACCAAUUCAUCCCAUGUUAGUUCAGGCGAUGGCCCUAUGGACCAUGAGGUCGGGCAUGACAAUAUUGAAGGCAACAAACGAUGGUGAGAACAUUGUUGGUGACGAUGACAAUCGUGGCUUCAAUCUUGACGGUGCCUCUGGAGGAGGAUCUCACUAGUCUACUUCCAUGUCAACUAAUGGUCUUUCUUGUAUUUUGGAUGUGUGUAGUAGUACCAUAUGCCACUAGCGAAACCUAGUUGCUUACCUUUUGUUGCAUUCACUUGUGUGAAGUGAUAUGUAAGUGAUGUUUUCCUGUAGUAGUCCCCAUGUAUUUUUCUACCAGUGUGUUGCCUUGUGCACUGUGAUGCAACAUAGUGCUACUGGCCAAACUACUAUCCAUGUAAAUUGCUAGUGUCCCAGAUAAUUAGUGGUAUGUAGUGUGUUGGUGGCUUGUAGGUGUGUAACAUAGUUGUAUGUUACUCUUGCUCAAAUGUAUAUAUUGAACUUCUAUGUGACGUGUACAGAUCGUUUUUGGA